AUGAAAGGACUGUUAGAGCUUCUUCGUUUGCUUGGUCCGACAAUUGAGAAGAUCUGUGAGUCAUCUGGCACUCCCGCGUUGUCUCUGGGUGUCCUUUACCAUGGCAACAUUUUAUUCCGCGAUAAUUUUGGUUUCAGAGACAUUGAGACCGGCAUAAAGCCAGAUUCGGAUACUAUCUACGGAGUUGCCUCACUGACCAAGGCGUUCACUUCUUCUCUCUUUGGAAUCAUGGUUGAGGAAGGGAAAAUCCCAUGGGACACGCCCGUACACGAGGUCAUUCCAGGUUUUCACCGUAGCGAUGAAAUCAACCAGGCUACUAUGGUAGAUGUGCUUUCUCAGUGCGCUGGGAUGGCAAGGUCAAACCAAUAUUGGGUUGGCAAUGACAACGGCCUCCUCCUGAACAAAAAUCAAAUUGUGCCUAUCGUCGAUUAUUUGCGACAAGUCGACCCGUUUCGUCGCGUCGGCAGCAUGAAUAACCGGCAUUUUGCUCUGGCGGGCGAAGCUAUAGAAGAGCUCUCGGGUAAAAGCUGGGGCACGACAGUCAAAGAAAAGCUUUUUGAACCAUUAAAUCUCACCCGAACAAUAUUCUGGAAUGAUAAUGAAGGGUCCUACGAUGACAAUGUUGCAAAACCAUAUGUUGCUCUUGAUGACGCAUCUCCAUACUCUAUACCUUGGCCGAAGUUGGCCGACGGUAAAAUCAUGUCCCCUGCAAUGGGCCUUAGAAGUUCGGUCAACGAUUUGCUAAUCUGGUCACAAGCUUUACUUAAGGGUCUUGUCGACCAGAGAGAAUCAGGUCGAUCAUCGACACCAGGUCUUCCACUUAAACACCUGACAAGUAUCAUGAGCGGCCACUGUCAACUAAUGUCCUCCUAUCCCGGCGAAUUAGGAAUGGGUUUCAUGAUGACCACCCUUCCCAAUCCAAUAGGUGAUGGGGGAGCAAAUCCGGCUCUCUUGGAAAAGAAGCCAAACGUUGGCUCAGACUCUCCGGGCACUGAAUCCCAGAGCGCAGUGGUUGUUUUGGCCAAUUCCAUGUCCUUGAACGACGCAGCUGACUGGGUUGGCCAAGCUGUCCUGGAGGCUGUUCUCGAGACUUCCAAUCCUGCCGAUUAUCAGCUGCUCUCUCAGCAAACCGCAGCAGCCCAGGUCACCAAGUUUCCAGCACUGAACAAAACACUUGAGUCGAAACGGAUCCCAGGAACGCACCCAAAGUUACUACAUAGCUAUACUGGUCGGGCCUCCGCGAUCAUCAAUCAUGGCCGCUCAAUCAUUACCACUACGAUACGUUUUUUUUGGCUCAUGUCGCGCAACGAAUGCGUCAAACGUGCUCGUUUCGCCGUAGCUACCGAAGGCCUUUACUUGUUCAAGUUUCUUCCAGCACAGGACGACACAGAUAAUAACAUCAUCGCGCUUGAAUAG